CACCAUCCAUAUAUAUGUGUAUAUAUAAGAAUCCCACUAUUUCACGCCAAAACAAAGAUUUCUCUUUUAGCUCUCUUCCUUUAUAUCUCUCUCCUUUAAAAAAUCAAAUCUUUGUCCUCUUUCAACGUACUAUCUUACAUUAAAGAACACACCCUUUUUUUCACCUGAACAGAACAAGCUCAAAAAAAAAAAAUGUCUUCAGAAAUCGGCGACAGACGUCCGGCGAGACUGCCGGCGCCGGUAAACGGAACAAGGCCAUCGGAACCAGAGAACUUGCCGUGUCCACGUUGUGAUUCUACAAACACAAAGUUUUGUUAUUACAACAACUAUAAUCUUUCUCAGCCACGUCAUUUCUGUAAGUCCUGUCGCCGGUAUUGGACACGUGGCGGCACCUUACGUAACGUCCCCGUCGGCGGGGGUACACGUAAGAACUCGUCCCAUAAACGCCCCCGUAUCAACUCCGGUGCUGGUACCGUUCAAGAACAAACCAACCCGAUCACAAUGAUGGGUUCGGGUUCGGGUCAUGUAUCCGGGUCGGGUUCUAUGUCGUUGAUGGGUUGUGAAGUGAACUUGAAUGAGUCAGUACAUGAAGGUGGAAACGGUACGUCGUCGUUUACUUCGUUAUUAACAGCUCCAGUUGGUGUGGGGGUGGGUGGGUUUGUGCCUUUAGGUGGAUUUGGGCUUGGGCUUGGCGGGUUUGGGCUUGGGAAUCUCGAUUGGCCCAUGGAGCAAGUAAGCGGUGGAGGGAAUGGUGGCGACGGCGGUGAAAAUGACAAGUGGCAGCUGAGUGGCGGUGAGAUGGAAGGCGGCGGCGGCGGCAGCGGUGGCGGAGGAAUAGGUGGUGAUGAUGAUUGUUUUGGGUGGCCUGAUCUUGCUAUCUCAGCACCAGGGACAAGUCUUAAAUGAAAGUAGAAAUUAAUAUUAUAUUAUAUACUUUUCAUGCAAGAAAUCGAAAAAAAAGGAGGUGUUUUUUUUUUUUUUUAUGAACUUUAUAUUAAGUUAUGUUGUCUUUUUGCAAGGUUUUUGGGGUUGCAUGGAUUGGUUUGGCUGUAGGAACUUUUAGUAAAAAGAACUACUAUAGUAGGCAAAGCUAUUUUUGCUUGGUGGGCAACUGUUUUUUUAUUUUUGUUUUUGUUAUUGUAAAUGUAUUUUGGGACUCUUCUUCCUUUUUCUUUUUGACAGAAAUAGGUCCCAAGUUUCAUGAAAUGAACAAUAUAUUUUCUUUGUCGUUGUUCUAUAAUGCGCGAUUAAAUAGAA